CUCUGGUAUUUCAACACAGGACAGAGACGGAGAGGAAGAUGGAGUUCAAACGCUUUAAACGCUGGACCUGAGGUCUCGAAGAUUAUCACUGUCGUUUAUGAGCGGCUUUGGUGUCUUUUCCUCAUCCUACCCAGCCAUAUGCACACAGGCGGAAUGGAAAACGGCACUGGACACAAAAAGACGCUGUUCGGGAACCUGCGGCUGCGGGCCAAGUGGCCACGGGGCAGUGGUCACAAAAGCUCCAGCAAGCAGCAGGAGCAGAAGCUGGAGCAGAGGAUGAGCUCCUCUGUGCCGGAUGUGAGGUCUACGAGGCCCACCAUGCCCCCCUCACACCAGGACAUCCAUCCAGCACACCUGCAGGACCCUCUUUGUUACAGCAGCCCCUCCAGCCCCCUCAAACAACCUCUACAAGAGAGAGCCAGUGCCCAGCUUUCUGAUGGCUUUCUGGCCAUACCCAGACCCUCUUCUGGUUGGACGUCCCAAGAGUCAAUCAACAGCAGUCUGCUUGAGGAGCAGAGCUUUUUUUUGGAGGCUCCAGAGGAAAUGGACGGAAGGCAGCUCAGCUCUCGGCCCAAAGCAGAGCUGCCUUCACUGGAAGUGUCGGAGGAUUCAACGGAGAUACAGCAGAGACAGCGGAUUGAGAACAAUGACACUGACUCUCUUACCUUUCAUGACACUGAGCAAAAUACAGUUCUGGACAUGCCAGGAGACACAGGGAAUGUAUGCGACAAUCAGAGAGAAUCUCAGAAAAUGUAUCUGCUCUCCAUCAACCUUAAAGAGGGGCGAGGCCUUGUCAUAAGGGACCGCUGUGGUACCAGUGAUCCAUAUGUAAAGUUUAAGCUUGAGGGGAAGACAUUGUACAAAAGCAAAGUAGUGUAUAAGAAUCUCAACCCCACCUGGAAUGAGUGUUUCUCCUACCCCAUCCGUAAUCUGCAACACAAACUCUACAUCAAGGUCUAUGAUCAAGACCUAACCACAGAUGACUUCAUGGGUGCCAGCAGUGUUGAAUUGAGUGAACUGGAACUUGAAAAGACAGUCGAGAUGGUGUUGCCGCUCGAUGACCCCAACAGUCUGGAGGAGGAUAUGGGAGUAAUAAUCAUUGAUAUCUGUCUGUCAGUCAGAGAUGGGGACAGCAAAAAACAUAAGUGGGCUCAGAAGGGAAAACGAAGUCUUCAGUCAAACACGUCACCGCAGACCAAGCGUCUCUCUGAGUCUUUGAAGAAGAGCCAGCUGUGGACUGGGGUUCUGACCAUCACGUUGAUAGAGGGCCAAAAUCUCCCUGAAGAUGGACAAGGAGAUGUAUUUGUGCGCUUCAGACUAGGGGACCAGAAAUAUAGGAGCAAGAGUCAGUGCAAAAGGCCUAACCCUCAGUGGAGGGAGAGGUUCGACUUGAACCAGUUCGUCGAUGGGCCAAACUUUUUGGAGCUUGGGGUUUGGGCCAAAGAAGGACGAAAGUAUGAAGAAUGUUAUGGACUACCAGUCUCACAUGGAAAAAAAUGGCUGUGUGGUAUGUGCAGGUGUGAGGUUGACCUGUCCACGUUGUUGAUGAACAAGCCUCAGCUGUUCACGUGUGCUCUGGAGCCAGGCCGAGGCAGGGUGGUAUUCCUGAUCACUCUGACCACCUGCACAGGAGUGUCCAUCACUGACCUGUGUGCUCCACCGCUAGAGGAACCACAUGAAAGAGACAACAUGUUGAGCAAAUACGGUUUCAGGAACUCUUUCAAGAACAUCAAGGAUGUUGGUUUCCUUCAGGUCAAAGUAAUCAAAGCCUGCGACCUCAUGGCUGCUGACUUGAAUGGAAAGAGUGAUCCAUUCUGUGUGCUCGAGUUGGGCAAUGACAGGAUGCAGACUCACGUGCUCUAUAAAACGCUCAACCCCGAGUGGAACAAAGUCUUUACCUUCCCAGUCAAAGACAUUCAUGAUAUCCUGGAAGUGACCGUCUUUGACGAGGAUGGAGACAAACCCCCAGACUUCCUGGGGAAAGUGGCCAUUCCUGUACUCUCUAUACACAAUGGUCAGAUUAUUUCUUGCCCAUUGAGGAAGGACCACUUGGAGAGUUUAUCCAAAGGAACCAUAUUACUGGAGCUUGAAGUAAUUUUCAAUCCUAUCAAAGCAAGCAUCAGGACCUUCAAUCCAAGGGAGAGAAAGUUCCUUGAAGACAAUCCAAAAUUUUCCAAAAAGGUGCUGGCAAGGAACGUUGUUCGUGUGAGGAACAUCUACAGAGCGUUGAGUCAAGUCCUGCAGUACAUUAAGAGCUGCUUCCAAUGGGAGAGUGUUCAGAGGAGCGUCACUGCAUUCAUGAUCUUUGUGUUGACUGUGUGGUACUGGGAAUUCUACAUGUUACCUCUGUUCCUGAUCAUCCUGCUCAUGUGGAACUAUAUACAGAUCGCCUUUGAGAGGGUCAGCCAAGAUCAGGACAGCAUGGAUCUUGGGGAUGAAGACGAUGAAGAAGACAAGGAGUCAGAGAGAAAAGGCUUAAUAGAGAAAAUCCACAUGGUCCAGGAUAUUGUCAUUACUGUCCAGAAUCUACUGGAGGAACUCGCCUGCUUUGCUGAGAGAAUAAAAAACACAUUUAACUGGUCAGUGCCAUUUUUAUCAAACCUGGCCUUUCUGGUUCUCAUUAUCAUCACAGUGAUCACGUACUUCAUCCCACUGCGCUAUGUUAUCUUGAUAUGGGGUAUAAAUAAAUUCACAAAGAAACUCCGGAAGCCAUACGCCAUUGACAACAACGAAGUAAUGGACUUCCUCUCCAGGGUGCCUUCAGAUGUCCAGAAGAUGCAGUACUACGAGAUGAAGCACAGCCACAUGCACAACCAUGUGAGGAGAAAGAGAACAGUCUAGUAGAUCCAGAGUCACAUCUCACCAACUGAGACCUUUCUAACACUGACACUAAGCAUCUCCUUGAUGUUCACUGCUAAUUUCGUUUUAUUCAAACUCUGAAACUUGAAUUCCAGAAGCGUUUAUUUAAUGGUUUCACUGAUUUAAAAUAAUUUCUCAACAUUGCACAUCAUUUUAAAUGACUUGAAUUCAGUCAAACUGAUCUCCCCUGUGGUUUAUGCGUAUUGCCAUUGUUACUGAUGAGUUAAAACCAAAGAAACUACUGCCACCUUACCAAGAAGGAGAGAUGAGGUUAUAACACUCCAGGCAAUCUGUUCUGACUUCAGUGAACUGUUGGCUGAUAAAAAGCUUCUUAAAUGCAGGCAAUAAUAUUUCUCACUAUAAGAUUGAGACGUUUGAGGAUACUAUAGGAUUAUUCAACCUAUUCAAAGACAUUUUUACUUUUAUUUUAACUAUUGUAACUAUUUUUAUGUACUGGCAGAUUAUCUAGGUACAGUGAACUGCCAGUGCAGUAUACACUUGUUAUAUGUGAAAAUGUCCAGAAACAGGUUAAGUAACCUUAGAAAAUUAUCACACAGUUAUAAUGAGACAUAAGAUAUAUUGUUAAGAUGCUUCCGCUUGAAAUUAUAUUUACAUUUACAUUUAUGGCAUUUGGCUGACGCUCUUAUCCAGAGCGACUUACAAUUUCAUUAUUGUUACACUGGGAGGCCAAGGCGGUGUUAGGAGUCUUGCCCAAGGACCCUUGUUGGUAUAGUGUAGGGUGCUUACCCAGGUGAGGAUUGAACCCCAGUCUACAGUGUAGAAGGCAGAGGUGUUAACCACUACACUAUACCAACCAUUAUGGUUUUUACAGUAUAUAUAGUCAGUUGCCCGUACAGGCUUUCAGUUUUGUUCAGUGGGUAAAUAUUCAAACCAUAGCCCAGAAUUUAUAUCAAAGGGAAGCCACUUCUGAACUACUGAUUUCUGUGUGCUAUAAAGAGUGCAAUAAUGUUAUAACUGAAGUCUUCUAUUGGAAUAGUGUAAUGCAUAUAAAGACUGUGGAUUUAAGGUGAGCCUUAGUGGUGGUGUGUAUAAAAGAUAAAGUAAAUUAAGAGCUUUUAGUUUCAGAAUAUUUGUGUGCAAAUAUAUUUUUAUACUUUUAAACCUUUUAAUAAUCCAUAAGAUUUUAAGGAUUUUCACCCCCCCACCUCCCACCCCUCGACCCGCACAGCACAAACCCGGUUGUGUAUAUAGAAACGUACGUGCCUUCUGUUUAUGCUGUAUUAUUGUAUAUAAAACAAAAUUCAAACUACACUUUCAUUACUGAAUGCUUCUGCUUGUGCUAUUAUAGCGUUCUCUGUGAGAUGGAGUACAGUGACGGUUACAUUCCUCGUUUACCAUUUAUUUUAUUUUUCAAAUUUGAUUCAACUCCAUUCGUGAAUGUACAACUAAUAUGAUAUCCCGUUUUCCCGAGACAUGUUUUACGGCACAGCAGUCUUGUGCUGAUCUUUUGCACAGAGAAAUUACUGCAGUCAUGCAGUUCAUUAAAUGGACCAAAUACUGUACAGUGGAAAAUGUUCUGAUCAGCAAACUCAAUAAACAAGACAGACUGUCAGACUUUCA